CACACAGAGACUUUAUAGCAAAGCUAGAAACUGCUACAACGCAGCAAUGGUGACCCUCUACUCGGAGUUGUUCCACUCUUCUUAGACUGUCCUUUGUGUGGCCCAAAUCAACAUGGAGGAGCCCAAGAGCCAGCCGGUGACUGUGUCGGUCCUGACCCUUGGUGCAUCAGAAGAGGAGGCCAUUCUGAUCACAGUACCGUCCCACGUGUCUUUGGGUGAUGUGAAGAAGGCUUUGGCAGACUUGUUUGAUCGACCUGAGAUUUUCUCCGAUGGGCGCUUUCUGAAGCAAAUGCCAAAUGGUGCCACUGUCAACAUGCAUGACAACCAAAAGCUUGGUUCGAGGAAACAGCUCAUUUAUGAAGGUCCUGCACUUGCUUUGGCACCGGAGGCUGUACCUUUGCUUACAUUGGAGGACUUUGACGGUUUUGAUGAGAAAAUUGAGGUGGAGUCUCCGCGCUCGCUUCGCGCACUGGAACUUCAGGGAGUUUCUCCUGAUGAACUCUACUAUGCUCCUCCAGAAUGCUUCUGGGAGCCAGGUUUGGACACAGUCAUAGUAAAGCUCCACCAUGACUUCUUUGAGGCGUGGAGACAGGACACCCUGACCAUGUGUCGGCAGCAGCGACAGCGGAUGACCGAGGAUCCGGGCGAGGAGCUGCAGCUAGACCAAAGUACGCGAGAAUGGAUGAUCUCCGUGAACUCAAGCAAGCAGGAAGCUGGGGCCAGAGUCGAAGUCUUGUCGAGUGAAAAGUCCGCUAUCCCGCGCUUCUUCAACACAGAGAGUUGUCCGGAAGAAAGAAUCUCUGGCACCGGUGGAAACUGGUCAGGAAUCUUAGAACCUCCCUCGUAUCCAUUGACCAUGGAGUUCUUCGAGGGUCUCCAGUACUGGAUGCAAAUGGACAAGGUCUAUGAACGAGCAUAUCCGGGAAGAGCCAAGAGUCUGCAUGGAGAGUCAAAAGGUACCAGUGCCGAAGGUAAUUUCAUCUCCAUUCCUGAGCGUUUGGACCUAGAUGCUCCAGGUGUCAAAGUUAAGGCCGCUUCAAGGGAGGUCGCCAAGAUGGUUGGGGAGCUGCGAAGGAUUCCUCGUGAAUCUAAGAGACCUCAAGCCAUGGCACUGGCAAGAAACACGAUGUCCGUGGCGGUCGUGCAAAGACAUCAGAAUGCAAAAGCGAGGCGUGAAGCGAUGAAGAAUGUUGUUGCCGAUGCAGAGUCUAUGGCCUCCUUGGCUGAAGCACAAAGAGAAGCUUCUGAUGCUCACAUUAAGGAGGUAAGUCUGUGGCGGGGACAUCGAGAAGCCUGUAGUCAGGAGAGCCGUGGUCAGUGGACAAACACGAGCCAGGAGACAAACUUCACCAAUGCCUAUCGGCGAUCUGAGUCAUGGCACCAGCGACGAGAAGCCGUUCACAACAGCAGCAUGGAGGCUGAAGAAAAACGCUACGAAGCCACCAUAAAGAUUGCUCAACGUGACGUUGCUGUAGCGAAGCGAGUUGGAAGAAUCCGCGACCUGACCAGGAUCAAGUUUGCAAGGCAAUGGCUCGAACGCCGCAUACGUUGGGCCAAGCAGGAAUCAGCUACAUCAAAAGCAAAAGAUGAGUGGAAGGCUGCAACGAUGCAAAAGCACGAUGAUGCCCAGGCCAGAGUUCAUGAUCGAAAUGUCCGCUUGGCCAAAUUCAUUGAGUUUAAGAAGGAGUUCAUUGCCCUGAGAAGAAUGAUGUGCGGCAUGGCUGCGGAUCGAGAACAAAAACGACAAGAUCAGCGCCGGAAGGAGAUUUCAAUGCGCUUAAUUUCGUUUGCCGAGCAGGCUGAAGCUGCACUGAAAUCUCGAGCGGAGUCUGAAGCUUGGAAGCUGAAAAGCCUUAGAUCGCAGAACUCAUCAAUCGGAGGAGCGUCCAGUCAGGCAUCGUGGGUGUCAACGAGGAAAUCAACAAAACGAUUUCCUCGCUUUGACUUCGGUCGCUUCGGGGCGGAAUCCUUGACGGGCCAUUCUGCGGGCUGUGGGUCUGUGGGACCCACGAAAAGUGCUUCAUUGCCAGCAAUUGCGUGAUGUGCACAACCGCCAAGCUUUACACCUGGUGACGAUAUUCCUUUGGUAGCCGUCAGCCCGUCAGCAGGAGCUUGGCUUAGUUAAUGCAUUGAAGAAUAUGCCCAAGGCAUAUCGUUUGCAGAAAAAUGUUUGUCCGUGCUGCGCUGUUCGACUUAGCAUUUACCAGACAUGCUGCAGACUUCCCAAACUUUUUGUGUCCAUACUGCUCGGAGUCCAAACCUAUUUGACGAGAAAGUGUAGCAUUCAGAGUCAUGCUGAUGCAGG